AUGGCUUCCACGCCCUCCGCCUCUGCCCUGUCUGCUGUUCUCCGGUGUCGGGGAAAUAUCUGGACCAGGAAUCCGCCGACCAAGCGGCCUGCCACCUCUGCGUACAGCCUCAGCGGGUCACCGGCUGAGCGUGCCCGGUCAAACCAGGCGACAGCGUGGGAGGCUUUCCUGCAAGGAGACCGCGUCCUGGUGGGAAGAAGAUUGGCUGUUGCGUACGAGUCGCCCCGAGGGGAUGAUGGUAGAGUGUUGAGAGAAAAACACUGCAGGGAAAACAACAACUUAUGUCACCAGAAACUUUCGCAAUCUGCAGGGGACGCGCGCUCGGCUGCGCCUGGUGUCCAAAACGCGCUGGUGCGUCAGCUGGUACGCAGACUGACUGGAAGAGACAAAUGCUCUCAAAUUAUCCAAAAGAUUAAACACGAAACAGGUGCUACACACAUCUGUAAAAUAGUAUUUGGUCAGGAGACCAGUGAAGUCCCAGCUGGCGUUUUGAAAGUGUCCCUAACGUCUUCGUGUUUAGCGGGAAAGGCAGGAGAAAACCCGUCCUACGUGUUACCUGGUUGGUCAACACUGAGGAGCACCUGCGUGUCUCUGACCGCUCUGGUGUCAGAGCUGAUGUUGCAGAAGCUGGUGGAGCUGUGGAGGUCCUGCAGCAGCCCUGAUGAUGCGCCACAGCAUCAAGACACGAGAGACAAUGUCCUGAAGGCAAAUCGACAAAUCCACAGGUCCACCGACCUAAGCUCCGCCAAGGAAAACUCUGGACAAAUGAUCCCAAAGGACAGACCUGACUGAGAGUCCAAGGCCUCAGCACUAAAAAUAAACACUGUGAUCUAACCUUAUUUAUUGACUUUACUUGGAUUUCACAAUACACAAUGCACGCUGGACUUCAGCCUGGUGACACAAGAAAACAAGUGGUUGUCUGUAGUUUUUUUUUUUUUUUUUUUUGCUUUGACGAAAAGUAAGCUGUCCUGUAACAUAAAAUACAUGAGAAA